GGGACCAGCGACGCCCCCCGCGUAUCCUGGGGGCAAGGCAAGGGCCAGGGGGCUUCCCCCGACUCCAAUCCUGCUGCACGGGACCAGCCCCUACCCGGGGCGCGGAGGAGGCUGGGGCAGCGCCACACACCGGCAGUGCCCCCUCCCGGGCGGAGAUGGAAGCCAAUGCAGCGAGCGACGAGGGUGUGCAUUUCCAGAGCUACCCCUUCGACUUCCUGGAGUUCCUGAACCACCAGCGCUUUGAACCUAUGGAGGCUUAUAACCACGAACACGCCAAAGCAGUCGCCACCCUCCCCUGCCCGCAGCCGCCUUACGAGUACGCCCAGCCACCCACUGCUGCCCCGCCUGCUCACUUUGACCGCAUCCCUUCAACCGUCGGCACUUCUAAGCCCAAAACUGAAGGGCCCUCCUCUUCCUCUUCCUCCUCCACCUCUUCCACGAACGUGCAAGUCAAGAAACCCGACCCUGGGGCCCCGGCCUCACAGCAGCAGCCACCACAACAGCCACAACCCCCAUACAGUGCGCCAGCAGUGGUUCCGCCAACCGGCCAGCCUCUCUUUGAUACUACAGCAGCUGCUGCAGCUGCCGCUGCUGCCUACAACACUCCACAGUGGGGUAUCGUGGAUCUUUCCGGCCACCAGCACCUCUUCAAUAGCCUGAAACGUGGGCAGGCACCACCGCAGGCCACCUCCUCCGUUACCCCUGACAGCCAGGCCAUCAAGGACGACAAGAACUACUUCCGGCGCUUAAAGUACUUCAUCGAUCGGCGUUUCCCGUGUGGGGUGUGUCAGAAGUCAUUCAAGCAGUCGUCCCACCUGGUACAGCACAUGCUGGUGCAUACAGGCGAACGGCCGUACGAGUGCACCACUUGCGGGCGCACCUACAACCAUAUCUCCAGUCUCAUCCGGCACCGACGCUGUCACAAGGACUCUGAGGAUGUCACGGCAGCCGCCAAUGCGGCAGCUGCCAAUGUAGCGGCUGCGGCAGCUGCUGCAGCCGCCGUAGCCAACGCGGCAGCUGCCCCCAGUGCUGAGGGAGCUGCCCAACCUCCCUCCCAAAGCAGCAACCCGCAGGUCGUACCAACACCCACCGGGGUGACGGCUGCCUCUGCUCUGGGUGCCGCCAUUGCUCAGACAGAAGGCCCUUUCACUUGUUCUCUGUGCUGGAAAGUGUUCAAGAAGCCGAGCCACCUGCACCAGCACCAGAUCAUCCACACCGGCGAAAAGCCGUUCUCGUGCUCCGUGUGCCAGAAGAGCUUCAACCGUCGCGAGAGCCUGAAGCGUCACGUCCGGACCCAUUCGGACCUCCUGCGAGUGCAGUGCGGGGUAUGCGGCAAGGAAUUCCGGGAUGCCUCCUAUCUGCUCAAGCACCAGGCCACCCACGCCCCACCCGGAACCAUCCCCCCGCGCCCGGAAUACAAGUGUGACAUCUGCGGCAAGGGCUACGUCGCCCCCCAGAACCUCCUGCGCCAUCGGCAGCUGCAACACGAGGGAGCCCAGCUGCCCAAGGAUGGCACCAACGCUGCCCUGUCCUACCUACCGCCAGGGGCCUAUCUCCUCCCCCAAGACGGGCAGGCUACCAGCUCUGACGGAGACACCAAGCCAGCCCCGUAUGGGCUUCUGGGGGCCCACCCGCUGUUGGUGGGGACGGCGGCGGGCAAGAACUUCUGCUGCGGGAUCUGUGGCCGUGGGUUUGGGCGGAGGGAGACGCUCAAACGGCACGAGCGGAUCCACACAGGGGAGAAGCCCCACCAGUGUGCGGUGUGUGGGAAGCGCUUCCGCGAGUCCUUCCACCUCAGCAAGCACCACGUGGUGCACACGCGGGAGAGGCCCUACAAGUGCGAGAUCUGCGGGAAGGUUUUUGGCUACCCGCAGAGCUUAACCCGGCACAAGCAGAUCCACCGGCUGCAGCUUCCUUGCUCUUUGCCCCCCAUUGGGCCCUCGCUGACAUCCAUGGGGCCCUCGCUGCCCCCUCCUCCUGAGGGGCUGACCUACGGGUGCUCCGACUGCGGAGAGCGCUUCCCCGACCUCUUUCACGUCAUGAGCCACAAGGAGGUCCACGUGGCCGAGAAGCCGUACCCUUGCGAUGCCUGCGGCAAGUGCUUCGGCUUCAUUGAGAACCUCAUGUGGCACAAGCUGGUCCACCAGGCGGCCCCCGAGCGGCUCCUGCCCCCGGAUGAGACGGCAGCUGCAGUGGCUCCCCUGGAGAACGGGCUGGCCGGCGGCGACAACAUGGCGGCAUCCUACGAAGACCACCACCCCACCUUGCCGAGCGGGGAGCGCUUCUCCUGCUCCAUCUGCGGCCAGACCUUCAAGCAUUUCCUGGGGCUCGUCACCCACAAGUAUGUGCACCUGGUGCGCCGCACACUGGCCUGUUCGGUGUGUGGGCAGAGUUUCGCGGGGGCCUACGACCUGCUGCUGCACCGCCGUACCCAUCUCCAGAAGCGCCAUUUCUCCUGCCCAGUCUGUGGGAAGCGCUUCUGGGAGGCCGCUCUCCUGAUGCGCCACCAGCGGUGCCACACAGAGGAGCGCCCGUACCGCUGUGCCGUCUGUGGCCGUGGCUUCCUGCGCUCGUGGUACCUGCGCCAACACAAAGUGGUGCACACGGGCGAGCGGGCCUACAAAUGUGCCCUCUGCAACAAGCGCUUUGCGCAGUCAUCCAGCCUGGCCGAGCAUCAGCGCCUCCACGUGGUGGCCAGGCCCCAGCGCUGCCCCACCUGUGGCAAGACCUUCCGCUACCGCAGCAACCUCCUGGAGCACCAGCGAGUGCACCUGGGCGAGAAGGUCUACCGCUGCGACCGCUGCUCCAAGAGCUUCUUCUACCUGUCGUCCAUCCUGCGCCACCAGCGCUCCCACGACGCCAAGCGCGAGUUGAGAUGUGGGGCCUGCCUCAAGCUCUUCAAGGACCCCAAGUAUUUCAGCAAGCACCUCCAGGCCCACCAGGGCGGGCGGCCCUUCAAGUGCAGCACCUGCGGGGAAGCCUUCUCCAACACCUACGGGCUCAAGAAGCACCGCCACAUUCACAAGAUGGAGCGCUUCGCCGCCAUGGGGAGCCACAAGGAACAGCAGCCCUAGUGUGGAGGGAGCUGCAGAAAAGAUGGGUGGUCCGAGGGUGAG